CUCAAAGAGUGCUAAGACUCUACCGGGAGGAUAAAAAUAUUGAAUUAGGGAAAUCCCAUCUAUUGCUAUGAGUCGCGUCUAGAGCACUCUAAUAUAAAGAGAACGCCCCACUUAGUCUCAGAAGUCGGUUUCCAACCAAGUCUAUCCUACAUGUCGACACAAAAGCCAUACGAUAUGGGGAGUUCACAGUCCGAAGAGUCUGGAGCAAAAGCUCCCACUCAUAUCGACUAUAAACUGGAGAACAUUAUUGCGGAGGCGCUGGAUAAUGGUGGAGUGCCCAACGUAUUCUGCGGCCACGGGCUAAUGUGCGUCUAUGGGCUUGUGCAGGAGCAAAAGAGUUCUACCUGGGUCAUCCCCAACUUCUACAUUGCAGAAGCAGACUCCCUUCUAAAAGAGGCCGGUUUCCACAGUUGCCAUAGGUCUUACUGCGAGGGAUACCGGCCCAACAAGAGGCCUUUUGCACCGGCAUAUCACUACCAUAUCCAACCACGGGUGAACAGACCGUACAAUCACGUCGUGCUCUUAUAUAAGAUGGGGGACCUGUUCAUUGACCUGACGCCGGUUCCCACGCGACUACCACCAUUGGAUGACCCGGACUAUAUGCUAGUCGAUGAUCCUCGGCUACCAGACUACAAUGAUGAAGCUGGAAAUGGUCGUUGGCAGUCUAUUCGUUCGAUCAAGAUUCCAAAGCCAGCCCGGUUCAUUGACGCUGUGGUCCUUCUCAUGGUGAGAGAGUGGCCUCAGGACCCUACGUCUUCUAUAUGGUAUGGAUACUUGAGUGAGCUGCUGGAUCAUAUCGAUGAAAGCGGAGACUAUGAGCUCGUUCCGAGUUGGGAUGUGUUGGGAGAUUUAGCGCGUGGCUUUGUGAAGUUUUAUUUCGAUGGGGAGACGAAGAAGAGUCCGUGUCAGGUGAAGAAUUAUAUAUCUAGAUAUACGAUCGGUGAUAGCCAUGUGUUCAUAGUUGCAUUAUACGAGUGUACAAGGUCAAAGGUCAACAAAGAACGCGCUAAUAUCCCGCGCACAAAGCAGAUUCCCAAAUAUUGCUCAGAGACACUUUGCAUUGUCUCAAACUCUACUACGCCACAACUGACCACCCUAACGUUUCUUUUUCACGCUGUUGACUAUAAAGUAAACCCAGAAUUCUUGUCCCAUCUGUUUCCUGUCUACAUAGAUCUGUCAGACAACUACAGGAUGGAAAACUCAUUAACAAAGAUGCGUCUCGAUAACUUCACAAUCGACGAAUUCGAUAAGGCGUAUCCGGAUAUACUGUAUCCAAGCAAGGCACAGCUCUAUGACGCUGCAAAAGAUUUGCUCAUAUGUAUGCGGUCACUGAAAAAGAAAGGUCACUUGAAUACCACAUUCGUGGGGAUAACAGGAGGACUUGCUGUCAUGCGUUAUUGUCCCGAUCGUUUGCCCAGUAUUGCUCCUGCUAGGAAUGAAGAUAUUGACGUCGUCCUGGACUUAGGAGAUUCGACCCUGAAAGACGUCAUGAAUGCGUUGCAUUGGUAUAACUCGCAGCUCUUCAUAAAACACCAUGAGACGCUCUACAUGCGGACACCAGGAGGCAAAGUGAGGAUCGACUUCAAGGUAAUCCCUGUGGAUAGAAGUUUGAAAGGAAUGCAGAGUCUGUACGAUCUUCAACUGUUACAUCUACUGUUCGAAAACAAGAUGACAAUACAACUACCGUUCGUCAACAGGAUAGAUCUCAUGACGUCUAAACUAUACGACACCCACCCUGAUUCUAUACCCUUCUCAUCUUGCGGAGAGAUUGACACCGCGAGAGGUAUUCACCAUGGGACAGAUGCGCUUCGACUGGCUCUGUUAUUCGAUCCGGGAAAAAGAAUCACACUCACUGUGGGGCAAGCUUGGCGGGUAAUGAGGGCGUACCUAAGUAUAGAGGAUUAUAUCGGCAUUCCAGGUAUUGAGUGGCUUAAAUUGUUCCUCGUCUGCACCGAAGAUUAUGAAGGUCGUCCGGCCGAGAUUUGGAAUCUGGAGGACGCUUUUUGGCGGAUGGAAGUGCGCAACAAUUUCGGACCACAAGCACUAGAUUCAUGGUACUACUAG